AUGAAGACUUUUGCGCUGAUCUCGAUUGCCCUGGGCUUGCCCGGCGCGAUCGCUGCUGGUGGGUUUAAUUCCGAUGAUAUCACAUUCGCGGGUGUGCAACGAGCCCUCCCCAAUGCGCCCGACGGGUACGUGCCGACAUCUGUCAGCUGCCCAGCGGACCGACCGACAGUUCGCAGCGCAGAGAAGCUGUCCUCGAACGAGACAUUAUGGCUUAAAAUCCGCCGCGGUAAGACCCUGUCGGCGAUGAAGGAUUUCUUCGGACAUGUGAAGGUCGGUGAUUAUGACGUCGCCGGCUACCUCGAUAAACACUCUGGGAACUCGUCGAGUCUUCCCAAUAUCGGCAUUGCCGUCUCGGGUGGUGGAUGGCGUGCGUUGAUGAACGGCGCUGGUGCGGUCAAGGCUUUCGACAGCCGGACGUACAAUUCGUCGGCCACUGGGCAUCUGGGUGGUCUGCUGCAGUCUGCUACCUAUAUUUCUGGUCUCAGUGGAGGCAGCUGGUUGCUGGGUUCGAUCUAUAUCAAUAACUUCACUACGGUCGACAAGCUCCAGACGCACAAGGAUGGUGCCGUCUGGCAGUUUGGCAACUCGAUCCUCGAGGGUCCUGAUACUGGUGGUAUCCAGCUUUUGGAUUCCGCCAGUUAUUACAAGGAACUUGCUGACGCUGUCGACUCGAAGAAGAAGGCUGGCUUUGAUACUUCUCUGACUGAUAUCUGGGGCCGCGCACUCUCCUAUCAAAUGUUCAAUGCUACCAAUGGUGGAAUCAGCUAUACCUGGUCUUCCAUUGCCGACACCCCCGCGUUCCAGGAUGGAGAUUACCCCAUGCCGUUUGUUGUCGCCGAUGGCCGUAACCCCGGUGAGCUGGUCGUUGGCGGCAAUGCGACCGUCUAUGAGUUCAACCCGUGGGAGUUUGGCACCUUUGAUCCUACUAUCUUUGGUUUCGUUCCCCUCAAGUACCUGGGCUCCAAGUUCGAGGCUGGCUUGCUCCCGAAAAACGAGAGCUGCAUCAGCGGUUUCGACAACGCUGGUUUUGUGAUCGGAACCUCCUCCACACUCUUCAACCAGUUCCUUCUCCAGAUCAACACCACUUCGCUCCCCGACUUCGUGAAGAAUGUGUUCAACAGCAUCUUGCACGGGCUAGACAAAGAUCAAAACGACAUCGCUUCGUACGAUCCCAACCCCUUUUACAAAUACAACCCGCACUCGUCGCCGUAUGCUGCGCAAGAAAUGCUGGACGUCGUCGACGGUGGCGAGGAUGGACAGAACGUUCCUUUGCAUCCGCUUAUCCAGCCCGAGCGCCAUGUCGAUGUCAUCUUCGCCGUCGACUCCUCGGCCGAUACUGAUUAUUUCUGGCCAAACGGCACAUCGCUGGUUACAACCUACCAGCGUAGUCUGAACUCCAGCGGUAUCGGCAAUGGAACUGCCUUCCCUGCGGUUCCAGAUCAGAACACCUUCAUCAACCUGGGCCUCAGCACCCGUCCAUCUUUCUUUGGCUGUGAUAGUGCCAACCAGACCGGACCCACGCCUCUUGUCGUGUACAUCCCCAAUGCCCCUUACUCCUACCAUUCCAACAUCUCAACCUUCCAACUCAGCACCGACGACUCCGAGCGUGACAAGAUCAUCCUCAAUGGCUACGAGGUUGCCACUAUGGGCAACAGCACCCUGGACGCCGACUGGACGUCCUGUGUUGGCUGUGCUAUCCUCAGCCGCUCGUUCGAGCGCACGGGUACCACUCUCCCAGAUAUCUGUAACCAAUGCUUUGACCGAUACUGCUGGAACGGCACUGUGAACUCCACCAGACCGACAUCUUACGAUCCAGCUUAUUACCUGCAGGUGGCUGAUAGUAUGGCCUCGGUGAAUUUGCCCACCGUGCUGUCGACGGUUGUCGCAGCCGGCCUGGCAAUGCUCAUCCUGGUGUAA